AUGCGUUCACACAACACUCUGCAUUAUUCAUUUUACCGGCACAGCAUUAUAUUUGUAUUCAACAGCGGCGAGUCCAUCAAUCAGCGUGCAGCUGAUAAGUUAUACUCGACAAUUUUAGCUCAAUCUGAAGAUGCGGCCUGGACUGAAAUUCUGCAGUUGGAAAGAUCUUUCAGAGGUGAACACGCGUUAACAGUGUUGCACGUUUGGAUGGUGCUUUAUCGGUUGCGAAACGAAGAUGAGAAGGGCAGACAACUUAGUCAGGUGUUGUAUGACUCAUUCCAGGAUGAUUUAGAACAACGUAUUAGAGCGGAAGGUUUGAGAGUCGGCAUCAAUAUUUGGCUCAAAAAAAUGGAACAGACAUUUUAUGGGAAUUCGGUGUGGAAAAUAUACAUAUACUUUCACACACCAAAUCUAAAAUUAAAACUAGCUUGCUUUAUGUAUUUUUCGAAAUCUCAACUAUCAAAUCAUGGGAAUCAAGGUCAACUUGCCGAAGCACUCUAUCGAAAUAUCUUUCAAAGUCAAGGUGAACAGGACCGCUCUAUACUUCUUGAGCGGUAUGUGCGAAGAGAGCUCAAUUGCCUUGGCCUGACCGACGCGAUAGCUCUGUUUCAGGGAAGGAUACGGUUUUCAGCAUUAUUUUAA